AAUAAAAAAUAAAAAAUAAAAAAAAAUUCUGAAUCGAGUAGAACCUCACUGAGAUGAACCUCCAUCUCAUACUAGUUGCGUAUUAAGAAAGAAGAAGAAAAAAAAAAAAACUCUAUAUAGUAGCCACCAAAUUUAUUCACAACACGAACAUAUAUUGAAUAUCCACCUCCAAAUCUUUUUUAAUUAAUCUUCCAUGGAAUCACAAACAACAAUGCCACCACCACCACCUCCUCCUUUCUCAUCAUUACCAGUAGAUGAGAACCAAAAAGCCACCGAAUUCCGAGUUUUCUCAAUAUCCAAACCUCACAUGCUAGCUUUCCACCUUGCAUGGCUUUCACUCUUUUCAUGCUUCUUCUCAACUUUUUCAAUUCCACCUCUCCUCCCCAUCAUCCGUGCUGACCUCAACCUCACCGACGCCGAUAUAGGCCACGCCGGAAUAGCCUCCUUCGCCGGCUCAAUCUUCUCUCGCCUCGCCAUGGGGCCAGUGUGUGACCUAUUAGGCCCACGUAUUGCCUCAGCCACCCUCUCUCUUCUCACUGCACCUAUCGUUCUUGCCACAAGUCUAGUCUCAUCACCCCAGUCCUUCAUUCUCAUUCGGUUCCUUCUAGGUUUCUCCUUAGCAAACUUCGUUGCCAACCAGUUUUGGAUGAGCUCCAUGUUCUCUACCAACGUUGUUGGCCUUGCUAAUGGUGUUGCAGCUGGUUGGGCUAACAUGGGUGCUGGUUUAACACAAUUAGUCAUGCCAUUUCUAUACAACAUCCUUAUAAAAUAUUUCAACAUAGUACCUUUUACAGCUUGGCGUGUUAUUUUUAUAGUACCUGCUACAUUUCAAGUAAUAACAGCUAUAAUGGUGUUAGUAUAUGGCCAGGACUUCCCUACCGGUAACUAUAAAAAAUGUCGUACUCAAUACACAAAACAAACCCAGGAAGAGAAUUUACUCAGGAUUCUUUUUCGUGGAUUAAGGAAUUAUAGAGGGUGGAUUUUAGCACUAACAUAUGGGUAUUGUUUUGGAGUAGAGUUGACAACUGAUAAUGUUAUAGCACAAUAUUUCUAUGAUAGGUUUGAUGUGGAUCUUCAAUUAGCUGGGACUAUAGCAGCUAGUUUUGGAAUGGCUAAUCUAUUUUCGAGACCAAUAGGAGGAGUGAUUUCUGAUAAGAUGGGUAAGAGGUUUGGGAUGAGAGGGAGGUUGUGGGGGUUGUGGGUGGUGCAAACUGUGGCUGGCUUGUUGUGUGUGUUGCUCGGACGAAUCAACUCUCUGUGGGGUUCCAUUGUUGUGAUGUGUGGCUUCUCUGUGUUUGUCCAAGCGGCUAGUGGCCUCACGUUUGGCGUGGUUCCUUUUGUUUCCCAAAGGUCACUAGGAGUCAUAUCAGGGAUGACAGGGAGCGGAGGGACUGUGGGGGCAGUGGUGACACAGCUAUUAUUGUUUUCAGGCUCUAAAUUCUCAAAGCAAACUAGCAUUUCUCUAAUGGGUAUGAUGAUGAUCGUGUGUACACUUCCAAUCACACUAAUUUACUUCCCUCAAUGGGGUGGUAUGCUUUGUGGUCCGUCCUUUGAUCUCGAGAAAGCUAUUGAGGAUUAUCAUCUGCUUGAAUAAUGUAUCGGUAGGGGAGAAAAAUCAGUAUGGGUUUCAAUUGUUUAAGCCAGUAGUUCGUUCCUUGAUCAUCAAGUUGGUAAAGUGGCACAGAAUAAUUCAUCUUUUUAAGCCACUGACGACAUUAAUGUAAUUAUGACAAAUAGGAUUGUCAACUUAAAUUGCUUAUAUAGGAACGAAAGUAAAUUCUUAGACCAUGUGAAAUGAUGUUUA